AUGCUCAAGUCAAAGUGGGCCCCUCAGCCCGAUGAGGUGGACAAAACAACAGCGUCUGCCGCCACCGCGGCCCCGCCAGCGACAGUGACCGCGACAGCGCCAGCUCAGGCUUCGUUUGCACCGGCUGCAGGCGCGUCGUUUGACCCCGCCUACAACGACCCCUCAAUAGACCCAUUCGCUCAAACUGCAAGCACCGACGAUCUUUUCUUCGACGACGACAUCAUACCCGUUGCAGAGCCCGUCGUCGUGCCCAACCCGCCCGAGCUGCAGGCCUCCGCCGCUGAGUUUGUACCCGAAGAGACACAGCCACCUACUACGCCACAGUCGCAUCCUGCGCCUCAAGCCCCUAGAGAGCCGAGGAACAGCGAAAGGGGAGGUCGCGGUCGCGGACGGGGAAGGGGCCGUGGGAGGGGUCGUGGCGGCCAUAACACCGACAUUCGACUUGAACAAGACGACAAGAAGGCCGCCGAGACACCUAAAGAGAUAGACUCUGCCCCUGCAGACAGCGCUGCCGCAGAGAAGAACAACUCCUCGGCCCCUCCGUCUGCUCCUACCGAACCAAAAGAAAAACCGACUCACUCUGUACGCGGUGAUAGGACCUUGACUGGUGGCGCUGCACGCACACGCUUGACCGAGGAUGAACUCAACGCAAAGCUCGCCAAUAUGCGCAUCAAGAACGAAGCCCGACAGAGCGCCCACGCUCGCGCUGAAGCCGACAAAGGCAACUUCGAGGCCCGCGAAGCGGUCAUGCAACAGCAGGAUAUCGAGCGCAAAAAAGCACUUGCGGAAAAACAAAGGGCUGAACGUCAGAGCCGUCAGCAGAUGAUGGGUGAGCGCGAGAAGAACCGACAGCGCAAGCUCAAGGCACAACAGGGCCGCGAGUGGGAUUUUGAGAAAGAAGAUGGGUUUUCAGGCAUUGGAGAUGAUAGGCGCAGAGGCGCCACCAGAGGCGCCCACGGUGGCAUUGCGCCUUCACGACCAUUCGAACAUGGAACAAAUGAUGGGGAGUACGACGGCUGGACGGCACAGCCUAGCCGGGGACGCGGCAGAGGUCGUGGUGGCAGAGGGGGUCGAGGCGGACGUGGCGACUACGAGGGAGCUGCAUCGAGACCGGCCGAGCAGAAGAGGCAAGACAAUGUACCUCCUUCUGCUGCAGACUUCCCUGAACUUCCUCCUGCCAAAGGCAAGGCCCCCGAAACGCAGCAAGUUGAGCCUGAACGGCCAAGCCUUCAAAAGCAAGACUCCUUCGGCUUGCCAUCACCCAUGGAAAAAGGCCGCAGCUGGGCUGAUGAAGUGGGCUCGUAG